GGUGAAGAGCGCGUUAGUUCAUAUAGUUCCUCAGGUUGUGAGGGUAUUUCAUGCUGUGUAUCGCCACUGUUAAUUGAUAAUCACUCAAAUAAACUGCAAUCUGUGAGGAUGAAUUGACUCAGUGAGGAAGCAUCGUCCUACCAUCGUCGCAUCUGUUGCUAUGGAGCAGGAGGAAGAGAGAGAAAAGCCACGGAGUGUCAGUUACAUACCCCGUCCAUUUACUAGUCCAUCCCAACCACAGUAUCGUGAGGGGGAGUCUUUUCAACUCGGUGAGCGAGCGAGGACAACAGUCUCAGAAGCUUAUGGUGAAGACAGAACAAGAGUAAAACCAUUGUAUCCGUAUGGAAAGUACAAAAGUUACGAGGAAAUGAUCGAUGAUAUGAAUGAAGAGGACCCAUUUAGGAACCCUGGUCAGCCAGGUGGCAGCAGUGAUAGGCAAAAGGCGAGGGAAUUCUUACGGCAGGGAAGUGGACUUGAAAGGCUGAAAGAAAAACAUGAACGCUCUGUAGCAAUCCGGAAGGAUUUAGUACCAGAGAUGGAUGUUGUUGAUAAAAAUGUUGUAAAAAGUAGUGACAAUGACAAAACAGCUAAGCAUCGCAGGCGAACUCGUCAUAGAAGGAAAAUACGUGAAGAACCAGGUUUGCCUGUGGAAGCCAAGCUGUCUGGCACUUUUACGAAAGACUUGCAUGAAUAUUCUAACCCAGCUUAUGAAGCUGAUAGGGGAAGGGGUAGCAAUACGAAAGCUGAUAAAUACAAUUCUCGGAAGCGUUCUGGGUCAAGAGGUAGGUCCAAACUUACUGGUGAACCGGAUGAUGGUAGCACAGGGACAUACACUGUCGAGGAGAAGGACGACCAGGUCAAACUGAUCAAAGAUACUCCAGAUCUUGGUGCAGUUAGCGAACCUAUGGAAAAAUCCUUCUUUAAGAAGCACGACUAUACCCCAGUGGACAAAGAUGCCUCUGCUCGACGCACUGGUGCAACCCUCAAUAAACUUCGAGUGGAUUCCCGACAGACAGGCUUUUUCAAGAAGUCAAGUAAACACCACGGUGUCCAGAGAACACGGGUAGCAUUGCGGCAUUAUGUUCAAGCCAAUAUCAAACACCGACAUUGUAUCUCAUACGUGCAGGAUCCAAAGCAAAGGGACUUUUGCAAAUGUGGACGAGAUAUAACCUGGCAUAUUGAAGAAGGUAUUGUUGUUAAUCGCGAUAAUCAAAAUGACCUUUGGGACGUUGGUACACACACCAAACUUGUUGAUCCAACUUGUUUUGGUGAAGUCUUCUUCAACGGCUUCGGUCGAGAAAGCAAACAGAAAUGCCCGUACAUCCGGAUCACACCAGACACCCCUCCAGAAGUGGUCUUCAAGAUCAUGAGUGAAUAUUGGUGCCUGCCUCCGCCUAAACUUCUCAUCUCUGUCACUGGGGGCGCUAAACAAUUCCAUUUGAAGAAGAGGCUGAAUACAGUUUUCAAAAGGGGUUUGAUAGAUGCAGCUAGGACCACAAGUGCUUGGAUAGUGACAGGAGGUCUCAAUGCUGGUGUGAUGAAGGUGGUUGGGGAAUCAGUGAAGGAGCACCAACUGUCUAGUGGUCACGCUGAAAACAUUGUUUCAAUCGGCAUCGCCACCUGGGGCUAUGUGGACAACCUCGAUGCUCUAGAAGGUGAAGACGAAAAUGGUGCGUUUCCAGCUACCUACAACAUCGAGGAUCUGUCCUUGCGUCGAGGGUGCUCUCCCCUUGAUCAGAAUCACACUCACUUCAUCCUGGUCGACAAUGGAACUGAAAGGAAGCCUGGUGUCGAGAUUCCAUUCAGAGCUGCUUUGGAGGAGUAUGUCUCGAAUAAAAUGGAAACUGUGACAGGAGUUGAUGGUGACUUUGUGAAUGUGCCUGUGGUUAUGCUUGUGUUGGAGGGGGGAAUGAAUUCUCUCAAGACAGCGGCAGAAACUCUGAAGAAAAACAUGCCAGUUGUGCUUAUUCAAGGAUCCGGUCGUGCUGCAGACUUCUUGGCUUGUGCCUUCAAGACCACAAAAGCCAGAACAAAAGAUGAUGGCACUGAUUUCCCUAAAGAUUUCGAUGACAGGAUGAGGUUCCGAGCUGCCAACUUAUUUGACUGGAGUCGAGCGACAGAAGAGAGUAAAGCCAAAGAUAUUGAUAAUGCAGUGAAGAUGGCACGUGAGUGCUUGGUGGACAGGAAACUGGUCACGGUGUACACUCUAGAUGAUCGUGAUUCGGAGCAAUCCAAGUACAUUGACAAGGCCAUCUUGACUGCCUUACUCAAGGCCAAUAGAUCAAAUGCAGCUACUCAGCUGGGUUUGGCUUUGGCCUGGAACAGAUGUGAUAUGGCAAGAGAGGAGAUAUUUACCCCAGAAAAUAGACCUCAGUGGCAGCACCUACGCCUGCAUAAUGCAAUGUUUACUGCCCUGGUCCAGGAUCGUGUUGACUUCGUGCAGCUCUUCCUAGACAUGGGAGUAGAACUGAAAAGGUUUCUGACCGUUGCGAGACUUAGGGAUCUUUAUUAUAAGGUUAUAAAAGACAAGUACGCUGGGAAUAGCCGAGAUUUGCUGAAGAAUUUAAUCAGAGAAGUUGAGAGUUCCAUCAAACACCACUUCUUCUUCUGCUGUGCUGCUGACGAAUGGAAGGGCAACCAUCCUAAUCUUCUUAACACCAUCGGAAAGGUUGUGCAGCACAUGAUGGGAGACAUGUAUCAUAACAUGUAUGCAGAGGACAAGUAUCGAGUUGACGACAAUGCCGUUGAUGAUCCAAAGAAGGAGCGAGCAAUUGGCCAGGAGAUGGGGCUGCUGUCGACAAGGUCUUACGAUGCAGUUGAUGGCAUCAAGCAUAGGCCGACUUUGCGAAAGCGUGCUACUAGAAGUAACAUUGCAGAUGACUUUGCCUGUCCGGAAAAGGAACUCCUUUUAUGGUCUGUUCUCCUUAAUAGAAGGGAACUUGCACUCAUGUUCUGGAGGGCUGGAAGAGACCAUAUUGGUUCAUCCCUUAUGGCCAGCUCGUUACUCAAGAACCUUUCAGAGAAAGCUUCCGAGGAAGAAGAAAUUGAUCUUGCUAAUGACCUGCUCAAACACUCACAGGAUUUCGAGCAGUUGGCUGUUGGUGUCCUAACAGAGUGUUACAACUCCGACAAGAUGAAAACCCACCUUGCUCUCAUCCGAGUGCUAGAGAAACUCGGUGGCUCCACCUGUCUAAAUAUAGCGGACACCGGUGAGCACAUGGAGUUCAUGGGUAACACGGCCUGUCAGACAAGGCUUAACAAGAUCUGGAAAGGCAACAUGGCCCUCUACACAUCGACUUUAAAGGUUGUUGUGGCUUGCUUCAUCCCAUUCAUUAUCCCUUGGAUCAAGUUCACCAGAGGUGACAGUGGCUUAGGGAAAGUGCUCGGCUAUAAAGAUGAGCAUUUUCUCUUUGAAUCAGGUAGAAGGGUGGCUCCAAGCAGUGAAGAGAUCUUUGAGAGCGGUGCUCUUGAGGUGGUUGAUGACGACGAAGAUGAUGAUGACGAACAUGACAACAGGCGUGCAUCCAAAAAGUUGUUCACGGUCUCCUUCAGUGGACAUACCAACUCAAGAACGAAACGUAUCAACGUGUGCCGGGCUAUUCUCUACUUCUACACUGCUCCAAUUACCAAAUUCAUUUUCACAUCACUGACGUACAUUGCCUUCCUGGCGUUGUUCAGUUACAUGUGCUUGACAGAUCUGAAUCCAACUAGUUACCCAAACUCACCUGGUGUCCUUGAGAUUCUGGUGUGGUGUUGGGCUGGAACAAUGAUUCUUGAAGAAGUUAGACAAAUUUUGACUAAGGAUCCGCGUUCCGUGCAGUAUAAACUGAAAGGUUGGUUCGACCAGUCGUGGAACAGAGCUGAUCUUGUCAUGUACCUCCUGUUCAUCACAUCCGUGGUCCUUCGCUUCACUCUCGAUGAUGAUAAGUUUGUGUACGCUAGGACUGGCUAUGCUGUGACACUGGCAUUGUUCUACCUGAGGUUUAUGCAGGCCUUCUAUGUCAACAAAGAAAUCGGACCAAAGGUCAUCAUGAUCAAAAGAAUGUUGUACGAUGUAGCAUUCUUCUUGGUCAUCUUCCUUGUGUUUGUCCUGUGUUACGGUGUAGCCACACAGAUGCUUCUCUACCCAAACAGUCUUCCCUCUUGGCAGCUACUCAAAGAUGUUGUCUACAUUCCGUAUUGGCAGAUGUACGGAGAGCUUUUCAUAGAACAUGUUGAAGGUCAAGCAGAUGUGACCACGUGUUCAAGAAAUCGGUCCGUUUGGAUAAACGAUCCCAACUAUGCUCAGUGUCCCGAGGCGAAUGCUGCUACACCUCUCAUGUUUGCUAUCUACAUGCUGCUGACCAAUGUCCUCCUGCUCAAUCUGCUGAUUGCCAUGUUCAGUUACACUUUCCAAAAAGUCCAGGAUAAUGCAGACCUGGUGUGGCGUUACUACAGAUGCGCCCUCUUCUACGAGUACUUUGACCGUCCUGCGCUGGCUGCUCCCCUCAUCAUCUUCAGCCACAUCUACAGGUUCUUCAGAUACAUCAUAUACCGCUGCUGUAGAGAAAACGGACAGGCAAAUAAUGACUUCAAGGUGGCUCUAUCAGAGGAAGACAAUGAUAAGGUGGCCGAGUUUGAAAAACUCGCUAUGAAUAACUACCUCCUGAAGGCUGAACUGCAGGAAAGAGAACACAUCAAUGCCAGGGUGGCAAAUACGGGUGAUAGGCUUGAACGGGUGAUUGAUGAGCUUGAAGAGAUUAAAGAUAACAUGAGUUUUAAAGAUAGGGAGGACAAGGAUGAUGACGAUGAUGAUGAUGCAAAGAAGAAGGACUACAUCAACAUGAGUCUCGACCCUAUGCAGGAAGUGGAUGCAUUGCAUGACCGUCUUGGCGGCCUGGAGGAGAGGUUGGACAUCCAAGGGAACCAACUGAUAGAGCUCAUCUCUCUCAUGCGGACCAUCAUUGAGGGUAAAGGGUCCGAUAGGGAGACUGGGAGGACUCAUAGUGAUAGGUCAGGAGGGUCAGAACACAGGGAAAUGAUUAAGAUGCCUGAGCGCCGUGAUCUAGACAGAAAAGGGCAUCCACGCAUUGAGAUCAGAGACCCAGGAUUUUGAAAACCAUCAGAGUGUGGUUGUAUUCCAUUCAGUGAUAGCCAAAGCUUAGCAAAGGUUGCUGUGAUUAUAUUAGUAUCAGGCCUUUCAAUUACAUACAUUUCUCAUGACCACACUCAAAUUUAGGGGAUGCAGUGCUUAAAAUUUAAAAAAUCAAAGAAAAUAUCUAUAAUUUUUUCAUUAGCUAAAACAUUAUUUUAGAUAAAUCACUUGUUUGAAGCAUUUUUUCAACUAAAAACCCCCAAGUUUGUCGCGAAUGCCAUAAAGUAUCAUAAGAAGUCAUGAAAGUGAACAAAAUACAUGCAACUCUUGGCAAGAAAAAGGUCAGUUUACCGACUAGUGCCUUUAAUCACAACAUAAAAACAAUAUGCCCGAAUUAGCCAAAGAAAGAGUGCCCUCAUUUGUGAAAAAAAUAGUUGUGACCAAAAUUAUCCAAUUGAAAGGCCCGAGAAUGUCCGUCCAUUUAAAGGUUGCUUGUACCAUUUUGCUAUAACCAAACUGAUUGCUGCUGGACUGUUGUCAGUAACUGGGAUAUUAUAAUUACUUAACCUAUGUUUGGAUAUCUGUAUUUAAAAGACACUUCAAGAAUUCUUCUUGUCUACUCUAGUCCAUUUGACAAACACUUAAGAUAGUGUGUUAAAGGGGUACACCGUUCAUAAUUACUUGUGGUCCAGUUAAAUAGAAAUCCACUAAUACACAAUGCCGUAGUGCAGUUAUUAUGAAUACAAAUUUGUUUAAACUUGGUAUUCAUAGUAUUUGUAUAUCAGUCUACACAACGGCAAUGUUGAAAUUUAUAUUUAGUACGUAUUUUCGCAAUUUGACAUUUUAAAAUUCAAUUACAAAUUCAAAAUUUUUAACGAACAGCGUACGCCUUUAAAGGCCAUAACUCCAGGUUUUUUGCCAUUUUCUGCUGUAAGACGAUUUCAAAAGUGUACCUAACACUUUAUACAAUACAGAAAACCAAAUGCAAUUAGCUCCAUCCAUUUUGAAGAUAUAGCCAAUUAUGUGUUUGACAACUUGAUUACCUAAUCAGGCUAGCAACUGGCUUGUUAGAGCCAGGCGGCGGGUUCAGCAAAAGUUGUGAUGUAGAUCAGGCUAUCUGUACAUGUCAUGCAAUCAUAAAAGCAGGAGGCCUUAAUUAAUUAUGCACACCUGGAAGAAAUGUGUUUCAUUCACUAUGGUGUAUUGUGUGGCUCCGAAUUGUGUCAAGGAUAGCACAAAGAACAAUCGAAUGACGGAUGGGACCCAUUUUCAUUAAUUUCCAAAGCCAGUUGAACGAGAGGGGAGGAAGCUGUGGAUUCGAAAGUGCAAACGUUUGGAGUGUUGGAAGCCUGGGCCUUCGACCAAACUUUGCAGUGAUCACUUUAUCGAUACGGAUUAUCACAUGAAGCCGGAUAUCUGCAUCCAACUGAAUAUUAAAUGCCACUUGUUAAAAACAGCUGUUCCAUCUGUAUUCGAUUUGACCAACCCCACUUCCUCAUCACUUUCGUCCGAAUGAUCAUUCUCAUUAUGAUCUAGUGAUAUUGAUGGCUCGAACAUGUACGGCUCAACGUUUUUUUUAACCCUCAACAUAUUUCAUGAGUAUCAAGCAUGUUUUCAAACCUAGAUAUAUGGCCUUUAAGGAGCUCAGUUUCAAACCAAAACCUUUUGCUGUUCUAACUUGGUUUAGAAUCUACAUUGUAUGUCUUGAUGACCUAACAUACCGUCAUGUAAAGACAUUUCAAGGCCUUUAUAUACAUGAACAGCAGAACCUCUCUUAGCGGACACCUCUCUAUUAAGGACAAAAGUUUUGGUCCAAAAAAAAUGGUUGUUUCCAUUCAAUUUGAUCUCUCUAAUCAGGACACCUCUCUAUUAAGGACAGCACUUGUCAGUCCUGAGGGUGUCCUUAAUAGAGAGGUUCUACUGUACAUGUAUGUAUGCGAUGCUAAGAACAUUGUCUAGAGAAUGAGCAGGUCUCAUUAUCAUUACACUUUCUACCUCUGUUUUUACCGCUUCGUAGUAAUACCUGAUACCCUUGCCUUGUUCAUUUCAACAUUUUCAGUGCCAAGUGACGUCUUGUCACUUUCCUUGGCACAAUUCAAUGUAGAUCUACGUCGUUUUUUCUCGCCCUUCUGACCUCUCUUCCAGCUGCUUAUCUGUAUUUCAAAGGCUGAACCCUAAAAAUAACACAAUCACCAUCUUCGGGCAGAGUAAGCGACCGACUAAAUAUCUUUGUUUAUAUUCGUUGAAAAGCAUUCGGGGAAUCUUUUUUUGGGGGAAAGGGUAUCAUUUUCGGUUUUUCCCCUUUUCUACCAUACAUGCAGCUCAGAUAGAGAGAAAUGUUUUCUACUUUUUGGCUCAACAUCUAGGUGAGUCUAUACAAUACCGCAGUGUCUGUCGUCCGUCGUCGUUGUGCCACUAUUUCAAAAAUAGUGGCACGUUUCUUAACCGCUAGGGCUAUGAACUUGAAUUUUGUACACAGGACCUCAGGUCAGGCAAACUCUGACAGUGAAUUUAAGUCCAAUCUGAUUCUUAACUUGGCCACCAGGGGGCCAGAAGUGGAAACCUAAAAAGUGUGAUAUCUCUCUUAUGAUUGACCCGUUUUCGAUAAAAUUUUGAUGGUAGGUACUCCUAGCAAGUGUACAUCACAUAUCGUACGGGUUUUUGAUUUGACCUAGUUUUCAAGGUCAGAGAGGUCAAAUGGUGUAAAUUGGCCGUUUGAAUGUAACUAUGGCACGUUUCUUAACUGCUAAAGCUAUGAACUUGAAUUUUGUACACAUGACUCCCUUUGUCAUAUAACUGCAGACACCGAAUUUCGGUCUGAUCUUAUUCUUGACUUGGCCACCAGGGGGCCAAAACUAAAAAAGGUUAAAAUAAGGUCAAUAUAUUGCUAAUCAGCGACUUGUUUUCGAUGACAUUUUUAUGGUAGGUACUCCUAGCAAGGAUACAUCACAGAUCCAAUGGGUUUUUGAUUUCACCUAAUUUUCAUGGUCACAGAGGUCAAAUGGUGUAAAUUGGCCGUUAGGGUGUAACUAUGACAUGUUUCUUAACCGCUAAAGCUAUGAACUUGAAAUUUAGUACACAUAACUCCCUAUGUCAUGUAACCUCUGACAAUGAAUUUCGGUCCGAUCCGAUUCUUGACUUGGCCACCAGGGGGCCAGAAGUGGAAAACUAAAAAGUGUGAUAUCUCUCUUACGAGUGACUGGUUUUCGAUAAAAUUUUGAUGGUAGGUUCUCCUAGCAAGGAUACAUCACAUAUCAUACAGGUUUUUGAUUUGUCCAAAUUUUCAAGGUCACAGAGGUCAAAUGGCGUAAAUUGGUCAUUUGAAUGUAACUAUGGCACGUUUCUUAACCACAAAGCUAUGAACUUGAAAUUUGGUACACAUGACUCCCUACGUUAUGUUACCUCGGACACUGAAUUUCGAUCCAAUCUCAUUCUCGACUUGUCCACCAUGAGGCCAAAACUAAAAAAGGGAAAAAGUGCAAUAUCUCCCUUAUUAGUGACUUGUUUUCGAUGAUAUUUGUAUGGUAGUUACUCCAAGCAACUAUACAUCACAUGUCUUACCUACUUUGGUUUGACCUGUAUACUAUACAUGUAGCAUGUUUCUUAACCAGGAUGAAUUCCUAACCACCAAAUAUCUAUACGGUGAUUACAAUGGCCCUUGGCCAUUUGUUUUAUUAGCAGGCUCUAGUCUUGAGAAACUAUUGCGUAAAACCUAAUGCAGCUGUCUUUGAUUACAAGGGGGAAGGGGGUCUGUUUUUGGUGAAAUACCAAGCCCUGCAGAAUUUUGCUAAAUUAUCCCUUGGCUCUGAAAGUGUUAAAACCAGUGUCUCGGGCAAGAAAUAAAUCUAAAGCAAGAAGAAGUGCUAAUGGCCCUUUGAUUGGCAGGACCUGAUGACUUUGAAAUUCUAAAAGGGAUGUGAAUGAUUGAUAACUCUUAAAGGGGUACUAUAGGCAGGAGCAGGGGGUUAAAUUUGCCAUCUUCAGGGGACUUUAAUAUAUACACAGUAACGACACAAGAUCAUGUUUGAUUCAGCGCUAGAUAUAUUCCUUGUACAAGUGUGAAUAGUUUUGACGUACUGUGAGAUGGGAGAGGGCCCUAUUGGCAACUCUGUGCAAGUUUAUCUUGCCUACCUAGCUGCUGCCUAUACACCUUUCCAGAAAUGGGGCGCUGAGUGUCCGAAAUAGUGAUGUCAUAAUGGGAAACUAAGCCUUAUGGUGGAGGGACAAAGGAGAUAGUCAUGGUUGACCAACACACUUGAAUGUCUUUGAUGACGGACAAGGGGGAAAAAGUUAGUUCCAAUGCAAGCCACCAAUUUCAGGAAGCAUGUAUAGUGUCCCUUUAAAGAAGUCUCUUACUCAAUAUAAGUAGAUUUUUGAAUAUUAUGUAACAACGUGUAUCAAUUUGCAAAUCAAUUUGCAAAUCAAUUUGUACACCAGUUUUAAAGUUUUAAAAUCAAUUUUGCAUAUUUCUGAAAAAAAUAAAUAGCUGAAUCCUGUGUAAAUUAGGGCCGUCCAGAACAACAUAUAUUCAGGUCACAUGAUACUGUGAUAGUUUGACAAGUUUUUGUUGUCCAUACACCAUGUUUACUGAGUUCAAAUCCAUUUGACCUGGGGUUUGCAAACUUUAAACCAAAUCAGUUGGAAACACAUGUCAUUGUCACAUUAUGAAUUUUUCGUAGUGUUUUCUUAAUUUAUAGGAAGUAGUAUAUUUUUAGAGUUUAGGUUUUAAUACUGUCAGUAUUAUCAUUAUACAUGUUAUAUCACAAUUGCAGCAAAAUUAU